AUGAAGUUCAGCAGCUUUCACUGUCAAUUUCUUGCCCUCUCGGGGUCCUUUUUAUUGGCAUCUCAAGCGAGCGCAACUUCUGUAUUCAAGCACCCAGGACUGCUGCAUACGGCCAAUGACUUCCAACGUAUUACGGGCUUCCUCGCUGCUAACAAGGAACCAUGGACCACCGGCCGAAACAAGCUCGCAACUCGCGCCAACGCCGCCUAUACUCCAAAUUCUAAGGAGACCGUAUGCCGCGGCGGCGCUGGCCGUGAAUGCAACCCGGAAAACUAUGCAUCUCUCUUCCGCGACGCAGCUGCCGCAUACGCUAACGCUGUUUAUUGGAAGAUAACCGGCAAUGAAUCACACGCAAAUGCAUCGGCCAGAAUCCUAGACAGUUGGAGCAGCUCGCUCAAGUACAUCAACGGUUCUUCAGACAAGUUCCUCGCAAGUGGCAUCUACGGCUACCAACUCGCGAACGCAGCCGAGAUACUUCGGGAAUGGAGCGCAUGGAACGGCCUUCCUGCGGCGAUCAAGAUGCUGCAGAGCAUAUUCUACCCUAUGAACCACGAUUUUCUCAUCAAACACAAUGGCGCUGUCAUCGACCACUACUGGGCGAAUUGGGACCUUGCGAACAUAUGCACCAUGCAGGCUAUUGGCAUUCUGUCGGAUAACAGAACCAUGUAUGACGAGGCAGUCAACUACUUUCAGAAUGGAGCAGGCAACGGCGCCAUCAAAAUUGCUAUCUGGAAGUUGCACGAUGAGCCUGGUUCGAAUAAAACUCUCGGCCAAGGCCAGGAAGCCGGGCGUGAUCAGGGUCAUGCUCUGCUGGACUUUGCACUUCUCGGCGUCUUUGCUCAGCAGUCGUACAACCAAGGUGACGAUUUGUUUGCCUAUCUUGACAACAGAAUACUUACGGGCGCGGAAUACGCCGCAAAGUACAACCUUGGAUACGACGUUCCCUUUACGAAUUUGACUAACAGCCAGGGGACCGCGACGGCCAUCAGCGACAAUGGGCGAGGACAAUUUCGGCCAAUAUGGGAGCUUCUUUACGCUCAAUACGGCGUCAUCAAGGGUCUGAAUGCUUCUUGGACUGAGUCGAUGCGUGACCUCGUCGUUGAGAACGCCGGGGGUGCGGAGGGUGGUGGUGGAGAUUACGGCCCGAACAGCGGCGGAUACGACCAGUUAGGGUUUGGAACUCUUCUCUACAGACUCGAAUAA